CCCAGUCACACACCCAAUUGUCCUAAGAGCCUCAUGUCCAAAUCAUUUCAUUAAUAAUAAAGGGAGAAAGCAGCCGAGAAAGAGCUCAAUAACUAGUUUAUAUUUCUCUUUCUCCUGCUCCCGUAAUAAUAAUAAUUUUUUUCUCGGCACUUCCCUAAUAAUUUUUAUGUUAUUGAUAUAUAUAUUUUUUGAAAACAAACUUUGUAUUUGGGCAUCAUCAUCCUGGAGAAGAAAAUAUGGCGAGCGAAAUUUACCAGUCCAAAACCACAGUUUAUGUGCUAGCAUGUUGGAUUCUUGCGGCAUUCGGCGGCCUUAUGUUCGGCUAUGACAUUGGCAUUUCGGGUGGUGUUUCUGGGAUGGACGACUUCUUGAUCAAAUUCUUUCCCAAGGUGCACGAAAGAAAACUUCGCGCGGUAGAAGACAACUACUGCAAGUACGAUGACCAGAUGCUUCAGCUCUUCACGUCUUCCCUGUACCUCGCUGCCCUCGUUGCCAGUUUUUUCGCAUCUAAGCUGUGCACCGUACUUGGUCGCAAGCCCACCAUUCUUCUGGCGUCGACCUUUUUCUUGGCCGGAGCUGGAUUCAGCGCUGGAGCCGAAAACAAAGCCAUGUUGAUUCUUGGUAGGAUUCUUUUCGGCAUUGGAGUAGGGUUUGGCAAUGAGGCUGUUCCAGUGUUCUUGUCGGAGAUAGCGCCGGUCCAACAUAGAGGGGCUGUCAACAUUCUCUUCCAACUCUUCGUUACAAUUGGAAUUUUCAUCGCCAAUCUCGUGAACUACUCGACCUCAACGUUACAUCCAUACGGAUGGAGGGUGUCGUUGGGGCUAGCGGCGGUUCCAGGAUUGGUCCUGUUCUUCGGCUCAAUGAUCCUAACAGAAACACCCUCCAACCUAACUGAGCGCGGAAAGGACGCGGAAGCUAAAGCGGCGCUCAAGAGGAUCAGGGGUGUCGAUAACGUGGACAGCGAGUACGAGGAAAUCAAAAGGGCUUGCGAUGCGGCCAAAGAAUUCAAACAGCCGUUCAAGAAACUCAUGACGCGAGAGAGCAGGCCCCCGUUGAUCAUUGCCAUCAUGAUGCAAGUCUUCCAGCAGUUCACCGGGAUUAACGCGAUCAUGUUUUACGCGCCCGUUCUGUUUCAAACCAUGGGGUUCAAGAACAAUGCAUCACUGUUGUCCGCGGUUAUUACCGGGAUUGUGAAUGUCGCAAGUACUUUCGUCUCGAUCUACUCUGUCGACAAGAUCGGAAGGCGGAAGUUGCUUCUCCAAGCUUGUGUUCAGAUGUUCAUUUGCCAGACAGCAAUCGGCGUGAUCCUGUUUGUUGACUUGAAACCCACCGGUACAAUGGGCUCAGGGAUGGCGGCAUUGGUGGUGGUGCUAGUGUGCCUCUACGUCAUGUGCUUCGCCUGGUCGUGGGGCCCGCUGGGGUGGUUGAUCCCCAGCGAGACCUUCCCGGUGGAGACCAGGACCGCAGGCUUUGCCUUCGCAGUCAGCUCAAACAUGCUCAUGACUUUCGUCAUCGCCCAGUCGUUCCUCUCGAUGCUCUGCCACAUGCGCGCGUUCAUCUUCUUCUUCUUCUCGGCUUGGAUCCUGGCGAUGGGAAUAUUCGUGGUGUUCCUUCUGCCCGAGACCAAAGGCGUGCCUAUCGAUUCCAUCACCGAGAGGGUGUGGAAGCAGCACCCGGUUUGGAAGAAGUUCAUGGACGAGCACGACGAUUCCAAGAGCCGGGAGAUGGCCUGAAUGCACAUGGAUCUUAACUUGUUUGGAGAUGCGCCUUAGAAGCAGUAUUGCUGUUUCCUGGGUAUUUUUCAAGGGUAUAUAUAUUUUUCAAGAGUAACUCAUAAAGAAACUAUUGAUUUUUCCCCUUUUCAUGUGGAUAAUUUGUUUGUUUGAAGAUAUUCAAUGUUAUUAAUACAUAAAGGAAAAAAUAUUACAGUAUGUUACGGUGUGCUUGGAUUCA